AUGCAAUUCAUAUUCCGGAUUCCACCUGCUCUUCAAAUUAUUUUAUCAGUAGUCUUAGUGAACAACACUGUCUUAUUUACGACGUGUUACAAGUAUAUAAUGAGUGCGUCAUCCUUUUCUUUUUUCAAAGUGAAUUGGUUUUUUUCGUACGCCGUUGCAAGUAUGUUAUUUGUGGGUGGUGUGACUUCGACGGUACUUUUUCACUUCAAGAAGCGAAUCACUUUCUUAAUCAGUGGAAUAGUUCAAAUUAUAGUUUUUGUCAUGUCUUUAGUAUUUGUUAUAGUUUCACUGGUUGUGUUAUUCCAGACGGAGACUCGAGUGAAGAGUUUUUGGUACGACUACGACGACGAUAACAAAAAUGAAGUGCGGAAGUUAAUCGAGUCGUAUUGGCGUUGUUGUGGGUAUGAUGUCAUCUCACCGGCAGACUGUGGGUGUACAGAUGAUACGUGUUAUAGUCGACUCUGUCAACAAUACUUCCAAAGUCCUUUUACAGAGACAAACAUUCUUCUUUUCGUAUUCAUGCUCUUCGGGGCAAUUUCGUCGUUUCUUGCUAUGGCAUCCAUCAUCGCGCUCUUCUUCAAAAAGGAGAAACAGACGUAUGUCAAGUUCAGGUAA